AUGAUGCAUACAGUCUAUGCCGCCCACCCACAGUAGUUGUCCAUCUGUAUGCCACUAUCUACAUAUACGAGUAUAUCUAAAAUCUAAUACAUCCAAAAAACGUUUCAAAAAAUCUUUUUACCAAAAAGUGACACUACUCAUCAUCAACAAGAACUAACUAAUGGCUGCAAUUAGUUUAUUCCCCAUAGGGUGCAAAGUAGAAGUAUCAAGCGACGAAGAAGGUUUUGAUGGUUCAUGGUACGUCGCCACAGUGAUCAACAUUAUUAAAAAAAAAAAGUCCAAAAAAACCAUGUAUGAAGUAAAUUAUGAUACUUUGAAUAAAGAAGUGGACACGAAUGAACCGUUGACCGAGGUGGUUGACCCUAGUUUUGUUCGACCUGUGCCUCCUGUUGGGAAUUAUAGGGACUUUGAGGUGAAUGAUGUCGUUGAUGUUUACCUAAGAGAUGGGUGGUGGAUUGGUGUUGUAAAGAAAGUGAUUAUCAUUGAUAAUGGUGAUCAAAAGAGUAGGAAAUAUGUGGUGGCUUCUUUUCAAGAUGAAGUCGAGUCAGAAAAAAGUGGACUCAGGUUUCAUCGUGAGUGGGUCGACUCUUGUUGGAGGUUGGGGCUCCCACCAAACAAGAAGAAUAACGAGGACACUUGUGUGGCAAAGAAUAAAAGGAAGAAUGUUUAUCAAAGGGAAAAUAAAGAAAAUGUUCAUAAGAAGAAAGAACCUUCUCUAAACGAAAAUAUAUAUGAGCUUGCAUCCAUUCUAAAGAGUUUAACUACUAGACAACAAGCUCAUUUGCAUGAGAUAGGUUUUGGAUGUUUGAUUGGAUUUUAUAUCGAGCAUUUACCUAGAAAAUUGCAAUCUUUGGCUGUAGAUAGAUUGGAUGCAGUGAAUUGUGAGAUGAUGGUUCAUGGAACAUUGAUGAAAAUAACAAAACAAGAUGUCCAUGACAUCUUAGGUUUCCCAAUGGGAAUUAUACAAGUUAAAGCAGUGAAAAAAGCUGGACUAGGGGAUACAAUUCUAGUGUCAAUGUGGAAAACAAGAUACCCACGUUUUCGGAAUGGUGUGCAGAGAAUACAUCUGAGCGAUGUAAUGCAAAUGAUCACGAGUCAACCAGAAGGAGGAUCAAAUUUCAAAAUUGAUAUUUUGGUUGCAAUUAUGACCAUAAUGGGCGAAGGAAAGUCAAACGGUGUAAUUAAUCAGUGGUUUCUUGGAUCAGUGAAUAAUGAAAACGAUAUAAAAAAUAUGGACUGGUGCGGGUAUGUGAUUGAAUGUUUAAGGAGAAGCAAGGAAAAUGGAAGCUGGAAUGCUGGUCUUUUGGCAUUCUUAGUGGUAUGGUAUGCACAAAAAAUUUCAAAACAACAAAAGGAGACUCCUGCAAUUUUACAUUGGACAUUUGAAGAACUAAAAGCUAUUGAACAAAUGGAAUGUUCUGAAGUUAACUUUGUAAGUAAUCAAGAAAGAAAGGAUGGUGAAGAAACUCAUGAAUUAAUUCCAUUAAGCGUAGAUCAGUCAGAUCAUGUGGGUUUUCCAGGAAGUUCAUGUUUUAGACCUCCUGACCAACAUGAUGAAGCAAGUGGAGCUCUAAAUAACGACAUUAUGAACCAAUAUCAACAAGUAUGGCCUUUUGUCAAGCAGUCUGCAUUCUGGGCUACCAUUGAAUCUCUUGAAUUUUUCAGACAGCCAUCUCAAAAGCCACACUUUUCUCCGUUGAAGAAAGUCAAAGUGGAUCACCGUGAGGGUUUAGCUAUCUCUUGUGUGGUGACAUUUAAGAAUCUGGUUGACAAGAUUUCAAAGAUACAACUGACUGAUCCCGUUGACAUAAUUAAUGACAGUUUGGAAACUUUAGUCGACUUGGAGACUCAUGGGUUUGAUGUGGGUGCUGUUCGAGCUUGUUUAAAUGAAAUGCUGUCUUUAAAAGACAAAGUGGGCCAGCUCAGAGAUUUGGAGAGAAAGGUUGAAGAAUCCAAAAAGUGUGAGCAAGUGGAGAUGAACCACCUUGAAGUGAGCGUUAAGAAGUUGCAAAAGGAGAUGGAGAUGAAGAAUGAGGAAGUUAAGAAGUUGCAAAAGGAGAAGGUGAUGAAGAAUGAAAAAGUUAUGAAGUUGCAAUCGAACUCGCAUCUUCUUUCUAAACAGAUUUUAGAUUGUGAGCAUUCUUUCAAAAAACUUACAGCCACCUCUCUAUAAGUAUGGUUUUCUUUAAUGUUGUGGUUUCUGCCUUGUAAUUAUCAUCCAACUAUGCUAAAGUAGUGCUAAUGUGGAAUACCGCAUCUUGAUCUUUGUUGUAGUUUCUACGUACUGAUAUAAUAUGAGUCUCGGCUUUAAUC